UCGACGUUCGGCUGAGUGUUUUUUUAAACGGGUCCAAUCGACUUUGAACAGACCGUGGGCGGACAGCGAAUAGAAGCGCUCCGCUGCGUGGUGGACUGCUCGCUCACCCAAUGGCCUGAGUGGUAGUAACAGUCUGUCCGCGGUGCGGCGGUGAACACACCGACUGGGACAUUACAACGCUACAUGGGGGACGCAGGCGACAGCGGCUGGUACCACCGCUCGGACACCCCGGGGGGACAGAUCGGUUCUCCGGAGACAUCUGUAGGGCUUCACCUAGCUCCGCCCGCUGGGAAUUGACUUGACGGAAGAACCAAGCGGAGUAUGACCACUUCGUGUUCGAGUGUCUCCUCCUCUGAGCAUGGACUGACCAAAUCCCUCUCUGGAUGAUUUGAUGGGGCUGCUCCGAGUCAUGAUGCCGCCCAAGUUGCAGCUUCUGGCGCUGCUGGCGUUCGCAGUGGCCAUGUUCUUCCUGGAGAACCAGAUCCAGAAGCUGGAAGAGUCCCGGGGAAAGCUCGAACGAGCCAUCGCCAGACACGAGGUACGAGAGAUCGAGCAGCGGCACACGCAGGACGGUCUGCGGGAGCGGGACUCCUUGGCCUCAUCUCAGUCAGCUGACGGCGAGGACGACGUGGUCAUAAUCUACAACCGCGUGCCCAAGACGGCCAGCACCUCUUUCACCAACAUCGCCUACGACCUGUGCGGGAAGAAUCACUUCCACGUCCUGCACAUCAACACGACCAAGAACAACCCGGUCAUGUCCAUACAGGACCAGGUGCGGUUUGUAAAGAAUGUGACUGAAUGGAGGGAAAUGAAACCAGCUUUCUACCACGGACAUGUCUCCUUCCUGGACUUCACCAAGUUUGGGGUGAAGAGGAAGCCCAUCUACAUAAAUGUGAUCCGGGACCCUAUUGAAAGGCUGGUGUCCUAUUAUUACUUCUUACGUUUUGGGGACGACUACCGGCCCGGCCUGAGACGCAGGAAACAAGGAGACAAGAAGACGUUCGAUGAAUGUGUAUCAGCCGGCGGCUCAGACUGUGCCCCUGAGAAGCUUUGGCUCCAGAUUCCCUUUUUCUGCGGCCACUACUCUGAAUGCUGGAAUGUGGGCAGCCAAUGGGCUCUCGAGCAGGCGAAGUACAACCUGGUGAACGAGUACAUGCUGGUCGGCGUAACAGAGGAGCUGGAGGACUUUGUCAUGAUGUUGGAGGCCGCGCUGCCACGCUUCUUCAGAGGAGCCACUGAGCUGUACAAAACAGGGAAGAAAUCCCACCUGAGGAAGACCAGUGAGAAGAAGGCGCCCACGAAGGAGUCAAUUGCCAAGCUGCAGCAGUCGGCCAUCUGGAAGAUGGAGAACGAGUUCUAUGAGUUUGCACUGGAGCAGUUCCAGUUCGUCAGGGCACAUGCCGUCAGAGAAAAGGACGGGGAACUGUACCUGCUGGCACAGAACUUCUUCUAUGAGAAAAUCUACCCCAAAAACUAAAGGCUUGGUCGACAGAAGAGUUGGGAGUGUUAUGGAGGAGGGCGGACACUUUGUACAGGCUCACGUGCAGUCUGAGACUAAAAGGAGAAGGAAAGUGGGAGUGAGUGUAACAGACUACUGGUGAGUGUCUGGCUGCUUUGUAUGUGUGAUUGAGAACAUGAUGAGGAGCUGCAGGAGCGCGCCGCCUCGGACACAGCGAUCACACAGCUCUGUCGUUCACACGUGUGCCAGGCAGACUGGAUGAAGAGCUUGUGUUUCAUCGGCAGGCUUUGUUCCCAAAAGCUCCCCGGGCCUCCAAUCACUUUCACUUCCAUGUUGAAGGUCGUCUGAGCGGAGGGGCCUCUGCUGCCGCGUGGUCGGAAGGCGUCCUCGCCGAUGGCCGCUCAGACGUCGACUCUGAUCGGCUUCACUGUUCUGCGAUCAUGACGUUUUCAUCGGCUCCCGUACCGUUUGGUUGUGUUUUCGUUGUGUUUUAACUCUUUACUAUGGUUGUCUUUUAUAUGUAAAGACAGUGACAUUUUUUUUUCAAGGUGAAACUACAUCCCCCAUCGCCACCACUACUAACUUAAAGAGAUUUUACGUGUAAGAAACUGACUACUGUGCUGUAUUAUUGGACUUGAAUGAGAACUUUUGAGGUUUUUAUGAAAUAAAAAUCCUGUGACCAUGGA